CGAGCGGCGGCGGGUCCCCGCCGGGGCGGCGACGCUGGUGCCGAGGAAGCCGGGACCGACGUGGCCGGCCGGGGGAGGCGGGGCUGAGGGGCCGCCGGGCGGGGCAGGCCCGUGCCGAGCUGCGGCUGGAUGGCAGCGGCGGCCCGGGGCACGACGGCGGUGGCGCACGGUAGGAUGGAGAAGGAGUCGUGGUCUCCCAAACGGCGGUGGGGUUCCAUCAGUGUUUAACUGUCUUGCUUGCCAGCUCUUCGGUUUGCCUGGGCAUCUAAAACGUCGUUGUGUGGCAAUGAGCAAUUAUGCUGAGACAGAGAUGAAGCUGUGUGGUCUGAGAAGGCAAGAGCAUCUGGGAGCAGAGGAGACAGAAAUUGGCCAGCCUGGCUGAAAGUCCUUAGCGAUGACAAAACAAAAGCUUCUGCUUGAUUGGAUGCUGUCAUUGUUUCUGAUCGUGGCCUGUGAAGCUCAGCAGCUCCCACGGGGUCAUGUUGCCGCUAGUUCUGGUCCUCUGUGCGAGAAGGAGGCAGAAUCCUGGGGAAACCUUUUCAGCAGCGAGCGGCUGGACGCAUGGAUCUGUUCCCUCAUUGGUUCGUUCAUGGUGGGGCUGAGUGGGGUCUUCCCCUUGCUGGUGAUCCCGUUUGAGACAGGAGCUGCUCUGCGGUCAGAAGCUGGAUCACACCGUUUGAAGCAGUUGUUGAGUUUUGCAAUCGGUGGACUACUGGGGAAUGUGUUUCUGCACCUUCUACCUGAAGCCUGGGCCUACACAUGCAGUGCAACAACAGGAGAAGGGCAGAGCUUUCAGCAGCAGAAGCUUCUGGGUCUCUGGGUGAUCACUGGUUUCCUGACUUUCCUGGUGCUAGAGAAGAUCUUCCUAGAGAACGAAGAGAAGGAGUGCCCUGGUGUGGGCUGUGAUUCCAAAGCACCAACUGGAAAGAUUCCCAAUGGAAGUGGCUACCCCCUGCUGAAGGUGGCAGGCCAAUCCCAAAGAGCAGGAACAGGUUCAACUCGGUGUAAUGGCUCCUCUCUCCAGUCUUGUCCAAAAGACAACAGAAUCAAGAUUAGUGGAUACCUCAAUCUGCUGGCCAACACCAUUGAUAACUUCACACACGGUCUGGCAGUAGCAGCCAGCUUCCUAGUUAGCAGAAAGGUUGGGUUCCUAACCACAAUGGCCAUUCUCCUGCAUGAAAUCCCCCAUGAGGUUGGAGACUUUGCAAUCCUACUUCGGGCUGGCUUUGACCGCUGGAGUGCAGCCAAGAUGCAGCUUUCCACAGCUCUGGGGGGAAUUCUGGGAGCCUCCUUUGCAAUAUGUGCUCAGUCACCAAAAGGAGCAGGGGAUACAGUAGCCUGGAUCCUCCCUUUCACUGCUGGAGGAUUUCUGUAUAUUGCCUUGGUAAAUGUUGUGCCUGAUCUCCUAGAGGAAAAGAAUCCUUGGAACUCCCUGCAGCAAAUUCUGCUCCUGUGUACAGGCAUUACAGUCAUGGUGCUACUCUCGCUCACAACUGAGUGACCUCUGCGCAGACCUCAUGAUGCCUCCCAGAGUCACCACAGUGACUCUGAGCUAUUACAAAGCAAUAAGGAACACUAAUGUUACUUUCUAUGUGUGUGCGUGCAGAUCUGGCUGCUAAUAUGAGAAGCAGGUGAGAAAGAGGUCUGGCUGUGCAGGACUUCAUUCCCUGGCUCUCCUAUUCCUGUUCUGCUAAAAUCCACACAUCAGGGCUUUUGUUUUUUGUUUUGUUUUAAUGGAGCAAAAGAUACAGUGAGCAGCAAUGAACUGAACAACUGCUCCACAGCUAAUGGACAACAUUUCAUUUGGUUCAUUCUGAUGGAACUACAACUCCCAAGCUCUUGCGUGAAAACAACAGAGGCAAUUCCUGCAGCUGAUGAAGAGGAGGGCCUUGUCCUACCACUCUAAGGGCUGGAGGCAGAGGAGAGAUGGCAAAGCAACAGCAAACUAACAGCUUUAGCCAGAACUCUCUACCCACGAGGAGUUAAGGUGCUAUGAGGUAGAGGGGAAGGGCAGCUUUCCAACUUGAUCUCUGACUUUUCAUUGACAUCACCUGUUCCUAAAGGUAGCGUUAGCCUCAGCAGUCCACCUAUUUGGUCUGUUUUGUGUCUGUUUAUGUUGAAAUCAAGCCCAGAGCUUGAGGCGCUUUACGAUAGGUCACUACAAUUAAAUGGCUCAGCCUGGAGAUUACUCACUUCAGCCCUAACCACUCCAAUAGCCAGCACAGCCUGUUUAUUUGAAAAAUGGUCAGUAAAUGUGUCUUCUGUUGCUGUGCUAUCAGCUCAUGUAAAUCUGUAAGGAAAGCCAUGCAGUUGCUGCUACUGACCUCCCUUGCUUUGUAACCAUUAGCUGAACAUGGCUCUGAGCCUGCUCUCAAGACCUGACUCACCCACCAUCUGCCUUAUACCAUGUUUAGAGCUCUCUGGAGGUGUAGCAGUUAGUCCUGCCUAGUGUGCAACAGCAGCCCUAGGCUGUCAAGGCAGAGGUCUGCGCAGGUUGGGCAAUGGUUGAAUGCUACAGCCUGGUCAGCAGCCGAUAACCCCUGGUAAGCUUUUCCUCUGUUCUUCUGUUCAGUGGAGACUGAACAGAGCAUGCUACAACCAAAAAUAUAGAUAGUAGCCUGUUUCUGGGCUUGUUACUUCACAAUGGAGUUAGUCUGUUGGGGAUGAAUGGGUAAGAAAUAAUACUGACAGCUCUCAAAGGAAGGGGCACAGCAGCAAAGAACACUGGAGGGAGGGGGAAAGGGGAAGGGUGAAACUGCUGGUGAAAAGAUUUUUUUUUAAGUGGGUCUGGAAAAGCGGUGUGCUAAGUAAGAAGAAAAAGGGAUAUGAAAAGGUGACAAUAAGUAUGGUUUAAGAGUUUUCCAUUGUGUGAUGCUUAGGAUAAAAUUUUUCACAAUUUGAGACCAAUAAAAAUCAAUGACAUUUUCAGUGCUUUCCCACAUCCCAAUGGGGCUGACCAGGCCAUCGUUCCAAAGAGAUAUUUUGUUGUCACAGACGUGUGCAGAGUUACUAGAUCAUCUGUUCUGUAGAGCUUUAUCCUCACUUUGCUUGAAUCAAUUUAAAAAGAGGUCUAACUGAGCUAGUGGAGUAAUUGAAUACAAAACAGGUUCCACAAUGAGAAUUGCACCAACUCAGUUCUGUCUCUAAACAGCUUUUGUAAAUCAGUAUAUCUCUGGUCUGCACAGGGCUUUAUCAAGAGGGCUCAUCCCUUGAGAAGGUCGAUUUGGGUCAAAGCAGCAAGGCAGGUACACUGCCCACAGUGGAGGCAUUUACUUCCCUAAGAGAUUCCUGAACUGUUGACACAGUUCUUUAUGACAGCUCCUGUCCUACUUUUCAGGGAGCACUGGAGAGCUCAUGCUUGCAGUUUUCUCUGCCCAGGAACUGCUGUCUCAAAUUUUUUCAGCUUUCCUUACCCCAGGCUAACAUCAGUAACUAGUUUCACUGCAACGAGGGAGGCUUGGUGCAAUUUUUUGACUCCUCUUUAUACAGUUGCCUUCCCUUUCCAACUGCUUCCUCUAUCAUGCAAUUUCUGCAGAGUCUGAAGGUAGCAUGUGCUUCCUGCCUUCCUGGAAGGAGGAUUAAUCUGAUAAGCCUGCAAGGACUGGUGGCAUAUGCAAACCCUCUAGUUGUAGCUUUGGGGUGUUUUUCCUCCUCAUCCUUCACCCUUCCUCAGAAACUGAGGCUAAGCAGACCCUGUAGUAGGGCUCUGCAGGAAGCAGGUUUGCACAGAAAGAUGUGCCUGCUGUUUCCCAAGAUGUCUUUCUCAAAAUGAGGCUGAGAUUUAAGCUGAGGCAUUGCCAGGGGAGUGCCCAUGUGUUGGUGUUGUUGCAUCAGCACUGAGCCUUGCCAAGACUGAAAACCACAGUCAGGAUUUUGUGCUCAGCGUUCAGGAAUGCAAAGUGGAUGACACUGAAGAAAGGAUUUCUGAGUUGCUUCUCUUGGCUGCUACCACAGGCCUGGACAGUCUGUGGUUCUUCUACCCUGGUAGAAGGUAGCACAGGCCUUGCGGGACAGAGGGGCUUGUUAGUUUUCCACUACAUCAGCCCUGGGGCUGAGGAUGCAGAGCCUUGGGAGGGAUUGGAGUAACACUCCACCACAUUUGUCACUUUUGGAAAUGCAGAGAGAAUUGUAUUUUCUAGCUCUAUUUUUUCAGCUGCUCUUAUGCAUUUUCCCCCUUCAUCUGUAUUGGUCUGCUCUGCAUGGAGACAAUAGAGAUGAAAUAAAUGGUUUUCUCUGUG